GAUUCGGAAGAUCUAUGACGGAGCAUGCACUCAGUCAAGGCGACAUCGUAGUAGCGACCCUCCGCAAACCAGAAGUCCUAUCUGAUCUCGCGGCCCGAUACUCAGCAGACAGACUCCUCUUACUCAAAGUGGAUGUGUUGAAGCAAGAAGACAUUGACGAAGCAUUCGAGCGCACACGUUCGGCGUUCGGAAGGCUGGACGUAGUGUUCGUCGAUGCCGGAUAUGGUGUUUUAAUGGAAGUUGAAGGCACGCCCGAUGAUAAAGCGCGCGAGGUUUUCGAGACAAAUUUUUGGGGUGCGACGAAUGUUGGUCGUGCUGCUGUAAAUGAACCGGGCAAGCGGGGAAUAAUUCUUCAAGUCAGUUCGGUCACUGGGUAUCAUGCGUCUCCUGGAUUUGGUUAUUAUACUGGGUCCAUGGUAGGAAAUCUUGAUCGCUGGAUGGGUUUCUCGGAUGGUCCUCGCGAACGAAUCUGCGUAAUUGAACCCGGGGCGUUCCACAUAAACGGACACAAAGGUGCAGUGGUAUUACCGCAGCACGCCGAUGGGUCCUUUGCGACUUCCGCGUUGCGUCAGACGAUGGAGGGCGCGGUUCUGGAAGGAGAUCCAGAAAAGUUCACGUGGAUUGUGUAUGAGGUUGUGCAGGGAGGAAAGAUAUCGAAGGGGUUGCCUAUGGGUUUGGAUGCGCUUGAGAUGAUGAAUCUUAGGAUUGAGAAUUUGAAGGCGACUGGAUGGUCAGUGGGUUUGGGGAGAACUGAUGGGGGGUCAGACACUGAUGAAACCCGUUCUACUUCAUCCAUAUGA